CUUGAUAAAUUCUAUCCGUCAAGUUUGAAGUCUGGCCUUGAGUCGAGACCUUGACACCACUUGAGUCGGAGUUUGUUGUGUUAUUGAAAUGCAGUCCGAAUUUGCUGGGACUCCAAGUUACACACUACUAUUAUAAUAAUUUCGUCUAACUACAACAUAUCAGGCUCAGGAAAUGCUUCCGAAUGAAUUCCUAGUUCUGUUAUAUAUAUUCUGUGCAGCUUUAUUUAUCAGUUUUUACGUUGGAGAUCAAUUCUUGAUUUUAUUGUGCUUUCAUUAUUCUUUGUGCAAAGUAUUUUCUCGAGUUAGCAGCAACAGUUUGUAAGCAUUUUUAAAAUGUGAAUUGUGUAGGUUGCUUGUGAUCACAUUAGGCACUAUACUUAUGGCUGAAAUAACGGCUUUGAGAACUUUGUUGCCGCUCAUAUGGAGUGCUCCAGUCAAUUUGUUGUACAUACUACUCAUUAAUUGCUUUCUCUGCCACUAUUUAGUGUGGUCUGUGUUAAAGUUUUCUCUUGCUAACAUUGAAUGUGAGGUUCUUGAGAUUCCAACUUUCAGUAGCUUACCAACAAUCUGUUGUCUACUGAUCACGAUGCUGGGCUUUGGUCAUUGGAAAAAACAUUUGACUUCACUAACAUGCUUUCUUGGUGUGCCUACUUUGUGGCUGUGCUCCAGAUAUAAACCGAAAAAACAUCUUGAAGUCCUUUGGAAUUCAUUCAUGGAGGCGUGCAUUGCUAUUUUGCUAAACAUAUUCCCGGUAUUGAAUUAUGCUGUAUAUUAUUACUUUGAUGAAAGUGACGGAUCAUUCCUUAGAUUCAUGAUCGAGAUUCUGUUUUUAACAACAACAACAAACUUAAUAUCAUCACAACUUCGUGUUCAAAGUCUGCUUACAGCUAAGGAUACUUUAAAUAAACAGAUUUCCCGUAUGGUUCUUCCUUUGUUCACUGGAAUUAUUUUAUUGAAUAUGCACACAGAAUUUUUUAACACUUUGAGCAAUACACUCAGUUAUUUGCCCAUAUUCACUGUGCAUUUUCUAGUCUUUUUAAUCAUAGUUUCAGUUACAUUGCUUAGAUACUAUCACCAAACAAUGAAAACAGAACUAUUUCUGAAGUUCAUGUCAACAAUACUAUGUGUUAUGAUCAUUGGACUGUAUUGGAAUAACCUUUCAAAUGUGUUCAGAAUUUCUCGUCAGCCUUUCUGGAAGAAGAGAUCUAUAAAUCAUUUGUUUUGGAGUGGAAUUGUUUGUCUCAUAUUUUCGGUAUUCACAAUGUUUGCUUAUGAAUUUGGGAAUCAAGAAGUAUUUGAUAUAAUCUUUGGCGUUUCUUUGUGCAUUCUACAUUAUUCCGAAUGGUGUUUAUAUAUGACCACUUAUAUUUCUGAAUCCUGGUUGUACAAUUCUUGCAUAAUCACUGUUGUGUCAGUAUCACUGGCAGCUGCAUCUACAAACCGAAGACGUUUCAUGAAUAAUUCCGUUUUAAAUCGGAGUUUUCCAGUGAAAAUUUUCAGUUGGAACGUUUUUGCUCCUUGUUGUUUAGUUCCAGCCAUCUUAAAACUUCUUUUACUGUGGAUAAAUGAAUAUGUCAAUAAUUCUACUCACCAUAACACAUUAAAUCAUCGUGUACAUUAUAAUAAAGAUUUUGUUCUGGGUUUAUAUCUGCUACUUUUGGGUUUGUUUUGCAGCGAAAGGAUUUAUCAGCUUGGAAAACGAGUAGUUAGACGCCUUUUGGAUUUUUAUCCAUUUUUCUCACCGAGUCGUAUUGUGAUUGAACCAUUAAUGAUGGUGGGGUAUUUUUGUACCGCUAUCACUUUAGUCUGGUCCCAAGUGAUGUUACUUUCUAACGUGGAUACUGAUUUAUUUCUUACUUCAAAUAUUUAUAUUCUUAUUCAAAUUUCUAUUUCAUGUCUGGUGACCAGUUUAGCAUUAAUUCUACCAUCUGCAUUGAAUUUAAAUCUAAUAAGCUGUGAAACGUCUGAUUAUUCUCGUAAUUUUGCCAAAAUUGGUCUAUUACUUUUAGCACUAACUUUUAAUUCAAUUCAGCUUGAUCUUAAUUUGUCUGAGGCUGUUGUCUACGUCGUAACUAUUCCUACUUGUAUAUUAUGCAUAAUUUGGAUGAUAUGUUUAUUCUCUUAUGCAACAUUGGAAUUAUAUUCUAUUAGUGUAUUUAUGUAUGCACUUCAGAAUGUAAUUUAUCCUGGUUUAUUCAUUUUGUCUGUUUCAUUCACCUCUAUGAUAUCAGUAGAUUUAUUUCCUCCCAACUUGACUGUAUUUUUGCUUUUCUCAGUUUUUGUAUCGUGUGUGAUUUGUUUCGUAAUUUGGGAUAUUAACGAUAGUUUAAUAACUGAUCAAAUUCAGUGUACGUUUACUAACUGCGAAUCUGAUAUGAUAAUGACUAUGUUCGAAAAAGACGACAAUAGCGGUUCAUUGAAGAAAUCAUCGAAGAAAUUCUCAUCCGUUUCAUUGAAUAAUCCAAGACAUAGUCAUGUAGCUGUAUGCGAUUCAUUUCGUGAAUUACUUAUAAGAUUAAUUUUGUUACUUUGUUCAUUAGUUAGUUUACUGAUUUUAUUAGUAUAUCUUGUUCAUUAUUUGGAAGUAUCUGUGAUUGAUACUAUUUGUCAGUUGUAUACAAUAUUCGCAUUGAAAAUAUUUUGUAUUGCACAAAUCUCCGUUGGAUACCCUCAAAGAUGGCUCUGUGACAAGGUUCGAUGUCGGUCUGCUCGACUCAUUGACAAUGAUUCCAACUAUGUUUUACGAUUUAUUCUAAUAUCUAUGGUCAACGUUUGCAUUAUAUUAGCAGUUAUCCUUCGUUAUCACUUCUGUCCAAUUUUGUCUACGGAAAUAGAAAUAUUCUUUCUUCCAUGGAUCAUCUUCACUUUUCAUGGUAAACAACUUCAUCGAUAUCGUCAUGUUUUAGCAUUAACCUGUUUCACUAUUCUUUUGUUGUACAUGGUGUUUAUUCAUUCACCAAUUGUGAAAGGUUAUGCACCAUCUUUGCCAACGUUUGAUCGUCAAUUUUUCGGUAGAACAAAUUCACCAUUGUAUUAUUGGAGUGAAUUUUUAUUAACUAUUGCAUUAUGUCCAUUGCAUUUAUUAUUUCUUGCAGAUCAAUCAAAUAUAACUACACAAGCUCUAGCUGAUAUACUUUUCUUAAAUCAAUUCAGUCAAUCCCAUACACAUAAACAACAUUCAACUACAUUAUUAUCAUCAAUUCUAUGCUUUAAAUGUUUGAAAUUUCAAAUAGCAUAUACUUUAAGUUAUAUCUUUUCAUGCAUUUUGUAUACAGCUUAUGGUUUAUUACCAUUCUGUAUAAGUUAUUGGUUUGUAGCCAGUUCGUUGGCAUCGGCUAUUUUCGGUUUGUAUAGUUUUAUUAUUUGUUCUUAUUUAUUACUUCGUGUAGAUAUUGUCACAGACCACUAUUCUUACUAUUCGUACACGUGAAAUAAAUUUUAUUUGACGUGUUCCUCUUCGACUUAUUAUUAUUACGAAUGCGUUUUUAUCACUUUUUGAUCCUUUUCAAUUUUAUUAUUCUUCCGUACAUCUGUAAAUAUAGAUUUUGUACUAAAUGGUAAUAAUAAUAUAUACUGUAAUGUACUCAACUUUUGUCUUCGGUUUUUCCAAAUCGUAAAUUGUUUUGUAUGUGUGCACGUUUGUUCGGAUUGUUAUAUUUUGUGAAGAAUCUUAUAUACUUCAGACAGUGAGUUUCAACUGCCGAUUGAAAUAAACUGAAAUUACACAUUCCAAACUAAAGAGCACUGUUAAUAUAUUUUAUUUCUCAGCAUUCCUCACUUAUAGUGUUGAACUCAGAGCUUGCAUCGUACCGUAUACAUUCAGGUCUCUGAUAUGAAAUCUUUUGUUUCAUAUUUUCUUAUAUUUCAUAACUUUGUAAUGAAUGCAAUUCUUACCUAUUGUAACUAGUAUAAUAACUACUGAUAAUUUUUCACGAAUGAAUGUAAGUUUUCAUGAUUAUUCUUGAACCUGUAACGUAUUCUUUUUUGAUGUCACUGAGAUAUUUUCUUUAGUAAAUUUCUCAUUAUUGCUAAUGACUGUAUGUAUUCUUAGAGUAUCAACAAUGUUAGUAUGUAUUUAAAUCUAAAAACUAUCUUAUU